CACCGCCAAAUGACAGGAGAGGCAAGGAGUGGAAUGCUGAAGCUGAACAGAGACGGCAACCAGGCGAAUGUUUAAUCAUCUCUGUCUCUAAAGCAUUUGAUGCUGUCCGUGGUUUGUCAGUCAGAGCUUGCGCAGAUCCACGUUUUCUCAGCGUCGUCGUCAUAAAUGAGAUUCUCCUCUGGUGGCCGCUCCAUAAGUAGCUAGCGAUAAUCGAACGGGUCGGUCAAACUAGCGGAGCAGAUAGCAGAUUGUUAAAUAUCACCCGAUGUACAAACUGAAAUGCUGCAGCAUUUGCACUAAAACAAAUGCGUGUUAUAUGGCUCUUCCAUCAAGGGAUUGUUGCAAUUGGAUUAAAGUAGACGCAAGAGAUGUAGAUAGAAAUGUCUAGCUAGCCAAAGUACUAGGUAACUGAUGUUGCAUCGAUGGAAUUAUUCGAGUGCCAUUGAUUGAGAAGCACCCAGCGACGCUAAAUGAGUAGCUAACUAGCUACAUGGAUAGUAUUGUGUGAAUGGGACAUAUACAAUUUUGAUACAUAAAUCAAUGUUUAAGGAUCUAACAUGUUAACUUAAUACAUGUGACUUGGUAUUCAUCCAUGCUAAGCCAGCUUUCUGUUUUAUCGUCCGGCAACGACAUUUGGACGGGGGGACAGUAGCUAACGUUACUAAGAUUGGGCAGGGUGCAUCAGUAUGGCACUACUUCUAGAAGGUGCCCAAAACCUGGGCUGGGUACUCCUGAACUCCUUCCUUCGUUUCAUCUUUGUGUUCAUUAAUAACUGUGUAGCAAUCCCUUCGUAUUGCCUCUACUGCAUUCUUCUUCAACCCCUCAGAGUAAUGGACAGCCGUACUUUCUGGCUCAUUGAAGGAAUAAUGUUCAAAUGGAUGUUGGCAAUGGUGUCACAGUGGGGCUGGGUUGCAGGCUAUACAGUGAUGGAGUGGGGCGACGACGUAAGGCCCCUUUCUGAAGAGGAAGCCAUGGUCAUCGUCAACCACCAAGCCACAGGGGACGUGUGCACCCUCAUGAUGUGCUUGCAGGACAAGGGCACGGUGGUGCGGAAGAUGAUGUGGUUGAUGGACCACGUGUUCAAGUACACCAACUUUGGCCUGGUGUCCCUCAUCCACGGGGACUUCUUCAUCAGACAGGGUAAAGCGUACCGGGACAAGCAGCUGAUCUACCUAAAGGAUCACCUAGACCGGUACUAUCACAGCCGUGACAGAAAGUGGAUCGUGCUCUUCCCAGAAGGCGGCUUCUUGCGCAAGCGGCGGGAAACCAGCCAGGCAUUCGCCAAGAAGAACUCGCUUCCUCACCUGACGCAUGUGACGCUGCCACGGCUGGGUGCCACUCAGGUGAUCCUGAAGACCCUGGGGCCGCAGCAGGAGAACGGCUGCCUGGGGACAGAGGCCAGCACAGUGCACCCUAGCCAGUCAGGUAGUAAACCCAAAGGCCUGCAGUGGGUGGUGGACGUGACCAUAGCGUACUCCAAAGCCAGGCCCAUGGACAUCCAGACGUGGAUCUUUGGCUACAGACCUCCCACAGUCACGCACGUACACUACAGGGUGUACCCCAUAAAGGAGGUUCCGGUGGAGACCAAACCCCUGACAGACUGGCUGUACCAGAGGUUUGUGGAGAAGGAGGAUCUACUGGCCCAUUUCUACGAAACAGGAGCCUUCCCUCCGCCGAAAGGCCAGAAGGAGGCUGUCUCCCGGGCGAUGACCCUCGACCCUGUGCAGCUCUGCGUCAUCCAAUUCCUGGCCUUCGCCUCGGGCUACCUGUGGUACAGCGUCCUUCAGUACUUCUACUGCUGUUUGUUCUGAGUGCACUGAGGAGGAUGGCGUUUUUAAGGAGGUUCUUUAAAGUGAACCGGAUCCUGUUGGCACUGUUCCUGGAUCAGCCAAUAGCGCACCCUCCCCAGUACCAUCCCUCCUCCCUACGAUGGAUUGAAUGUACAUUUUGCAAAAAGCAGGAGGGACUGAAAAAAAAAAAAAGAUUAUGUUGGAGUCUUUUUUCCCCUCCUGCAUACAUGAAUACCGACACACACGGACGGACGGACGAACGGACAAACACACACAUGAUUGACUGAAGCCCCUAAUUUUGAACAUGAAUCAUGUUUACACACACUAACUUAUUGGAUACACACCUGCGCCAAUCUAGGUGAUGGUCUCUCAUUUCUCACACACUUUUUCUGUUUACACACGUCUUCGUACACUUCAACUGAACUCACCCACACGCCCGGUUUUACUCUCAGAUCAAGAAUGAGGCUCAGGACUACAACUGAAAUUGUUCUCAAGUGGACUCUCUCCCUGGUCUUUGGGUGUAGUUUUACAGCGUGUGUUUGUGCAUUGUGUCUGCUCUCGUACCCCCCCCCCCCCCCCCAUCCCUCUUUUUGGACUUCUCUCCAGGCCUGUUGAUUAGAUGGUUGGGCCCACAUUACAGAGAGAGGGGCUGUUGUAUGUACCCGAUCAGAGACUACCACAUCUGGCCCCUCUCUUCUGGCCUUCAUUGCACUAAAAGGAUCCAUACUGCCCCCUACCCCUCCCCCACUCCAGGAAAUAUUCCUGAACAGUAGCUGUUUGUUUUUAUUUUGUUUAUUUUAAUUUGCCCCGCCCUCUAACCACCCCCUCUCCCCCUAACAACCGCCAUUGCAUUUGUUAUCGUCGUUGGUGUUGUCGUAGUCCACCUACCUUGUCGUCUUCGAGACUUUUACUUUACUAUGUGUCUGUCUAAGACUGUAUUCUGAGCUGACUGACUGAAGGGGAAUCUUCUUGUUUACACUGGCGGCCCCCCGUCUGGGCCUAAAGGGAAGCUGGCAACGAUGUCAGGCUCUUGUUAAGACUGUUUCCACAACGUGGGGUGGUAGGUGGUUCCGGAACCCGGUGGCGUGGCGGGGGGGAGUGCCCAAAUGCUGAUGACGAAACACUGAUGGCACAUUGGGACAGCACUCUGAUCCGACCCCCCCUCCCUGAAAAAUAACUCCCUUAACACCCGUGAUGAUGCAAAUUCUCAACAUCGCCUGCCCUCACUCGUACACAUACAUACACACACACACACACACACACACACACACACACACACACACACACACACACACACACACACACACACACAGAGAUAUGGUGCAGCUACACAGAGCAGAGUGGAUCUCUGCCCAUAUAGGACUGUCUCAGUGAGCCAAACUGAAAAAGGCGGACAAAGCUGAAUUUCUCCCCAUUGGACUCCAUAGUUUUACAAAUAUUUAAGCCAUAUGCUUAGUGUCAUGGGGUGGGGAAUGACAUCAGAAAAAUAUACUUUUUAUAGGCGGAGCUACCCUAAUGCUCGGCAUUCUAAAAUGUACAUUUUGGCUUACAAACUCCUAGGUGUCAUUACUGUACAUUUACAGCGUUAACCUGCCUAAGUGGGUGUGUGUGGUUGACUUUUUCCUCCCCUCUUUUUUUAAUAUAUAUAUAUAUAUAUAUAUAAUUGAUGUCGCACUGAUCUGCGAUAUCUGAGUUGUGGCGGCAAAUCACUCUUAGUGGUCAGUUAUUAUUUCAUUUUUAAAUUACUUGAACUUUUGUCCUUAUGCCAUGAGUAUAUUUAAUCUUGUAAAUAAUGAAACUGAGGAAGAAAUUCAUUGUUGUUAGUGACUGCAACCGAUGUUAUCUCUCUCUCUUGGUCCGACUAUUUCUUAUUUGUUUUUAGUUUUGAAAUAUCAUGAAUGUUAAAAAAAAAAAAAAAAAAAAUGAUAAAAAUAACAAUUGUUUUCGAGACCUGUCAGUUCUGUGUUACUUCCCUGUUCCUUGACCUUUGGUUUGACCUCUGACAUGGAUGUUAUUUUAUGUGUGCUUCAUGAACCCAGAGAGCUCGGCCAGGCUCUCAGCUCCUGCACUGUCACAAUGCUCAGUGAUACACAUAUGGCCCUGUUGGGAUACAUGAGAAAUGUAUCCUUUCCUUCCUACCUUGAAGAAAUCGCCCAUCUGAACUGGUUGGAUUAGUGUAAGUCACAGGGUGGUUACCUCUUCUACACCUAUCCAAUCUCUUAUCAAUAUGUGCUUACCUCAACAAAACAAGAAAGGAAGGAUGUCUUUCUGAAGUAUUAGAACAGGGACAGAGGCCCUCCACCUAAAGACACUGAUGGAUUCCUAGGCCCAAAAAAUGCAGGUUAAGACAACAUAAUAAUUCAAUACCGCAGUGUUUGAAAAUAAACAAAUUAAUUGGACCAGCACCAUUGUUAACUACUAGCACCGUUGCUAACUAGCAACGCUGGUCCCAUUUUUGCAAAGAGUUAUGGGAUAUUAGAAUCCCGUUGUCUUAAUCUUGUCAUCUUCAACCUAGGCUGAUUCCAACUUGUAGAUCUAAAAGGGACUUGAUAGGAGAUUUGCAAUGCUGCAUACACCAAUCUAGACUAUUAUAGGGCUUGGUGGAGAUAUUGCCAUCUUACUGAUCUCCAUCUAGCCUUUGUAAAUCUUAUGGUGGUACCAAGAUAGUGUCUCGUGGUAGGGCAUCAAGUUUUUUAUUUGAAACAUAAAAAUGAAGAAUUCCAAAUCACUCUUCACGUUGGAAGGGAAUUCAGUCACGGCCCAGCAAUGAUACAGCAGUUCUGUUCCAUAAUUGUUAUUAUUACCAUGGUUUUUAAUGGGGGAAAAAAGCCACACAGAAGAAUUGACAAAUUGGAUGAACAGCCAAAAAUCAUGAUGUUUAAGUAAUUCAAACGGAAUGGACUUUAGUCAUCACCUCCGAAACCGUGGAAAUACUGUACAGUAACAGAGGCUGUGUAUGAAAUGCAGAGGGCUGGCUGGUUCGGGAGAUAGAGUCCAUUUGGAGAUGGACCUUCAAUUUUUAGGUGUCAUCUUCAUGCCGGUCCCGUGAGAUUGCCCUUCAAUGUGAGAGAGUGACAAAAAGAUGUAGUGUCUCUCCAAAGAAAGGCAGGGGAAAAUAAUAUUAUUUUCCUAGAUAUGGUUUUAGGAAAGAAAGAAAAAAAUACUAUGUCAGGAAUUUUAACAAACAAUACUAGAAACUGUCUGUAAUUUUCCAUUUUGUACUCCUCCCUUUCUUCCUAGCUACACAGCCAUUUUACCACACAAAGAACUUGUGCUGGAAUAAACUGAUGGUCAUGAAGAUCCUGAAA